AUGGGUUUGCUCAAUUACUUCAGCUCGGGGGGUCCCAGCCCUGCUGCAGCAUCGGAUGAGAAGAAGUCAGUCCGUGCUCUACCUGCACCAUGGUACAGCUCCCAGGAGAUGUAUGAGCUCGAGCGACGUGCUAUCUUCUCGAGAAAAUGGCAGCUCAUCACCCACAGCAUCCGCCUCGCCAACGUUGGGGACUACCUCAAGUAUGAGUUCGCUGGCUUUGACAUCGUCCUCAUCAAGGACCGGACAGGCACCAUCAACGGCUUUCAUAACGUCUGCAGACAUCGCGCAUUCCCCGUCGUGACAGAAGACAAGGGCAAUGCGAAGAUUCUGUCGUGCAGAUAUCAUGGCUGGAGCUACGGGCUCAACGGCAAACUGGCCAAGGCUCCCAGCUACCAAGAUCUACCAGGCUUCGAUAAGACACAAAACAGCCUUUUCCCGAUCCAUGUUCACAUUGAUGUCAACGGCUUCAUCUGGGUCAACCUCGACGGCAAGGCCAAGCCCGAGAUUGCGUGGGACGACGACUUCUCUGGCAUCGACACGCAGGAGAGGCUAGCAAGGAUUAAGUUCAAGGAGUAUAAAUUCGACCAUGAAUGGCAGAUGGAUGGCCCCUGGAACUGGAAAAUCCUCGCCGACAACUACAACGAGUGCUAUCACUGCCCCACAUCACACCCAGAUAUCGUGGCGAUUGCCGAUCUCGAAGCAUACUCGGUCAACGUCGACCGGUGCUCCAUCAUCCACAACACAGCAUCAACACCCGAACAGAUUGCCGCUGGCCUGCAAGUGGCACCAACAUACUUCUUUCCCAACGCCUCAAUGAACGCUUCACCAAACUUCUUCUUUAUCCAGAGAUUUGUCCCCAAAGGCCCCCUCCAGUCGACUAUGCGAUACGAGGUCUACCGCAGAGAAGGCUCUUCCGACGAGGACUUUGAGCUUGUUAACCAGAUGUACAAACGCAUCAUGUCGGAAGACAAAGAGCUGUGCAACCUUGCCCAGAAAAACCUCCUCCGAGGAGUUUUCAUCAACGGCGAGAUGCAUCCCGAGAAAGAGAAGGGACCCCUCCACUUCCAGCACUUGAUCAGAGAAGAAGUCACAGCACAUCACAGGCGAGAACAAUCAUUGAAACGAGAGAUUUGGCCGGCGCAGCCGCCGCUGCCUAGCAAUGCAGAGAUCAGCGAGAAGGAUAUCGAGUUCUGCUCUGGGCUGGCAUGUAACACGAUUCAGGAGCAGUUGGUUUGGUAA